AUGUCGACUGUCUCAUCGGUUGUCUCAGCUGCCACCAAGACUCUGUCUUCGGCGGCAGCUACCUCUACAGCUGAUCGUGCAGCAAGUCAAGGCGGUAUUAUUGAUGGAGCGAAUCCGACGAAAUACAACCCCAAGGACCCUAUUACGUUGUUCAUUAUCCAGGUGGUUUUGAUCGUCAUUGUGUGUCACCUCCUGCAUUGGCCGUUGUCCAAGAUUCGACAGCCUCGGGUCAUUGCUGAAGUUGUGGGAGGAAUUAUUCUCGGCCCCUCGGUGAUGGGACGUAUCCCAGGUUUUCGAGAGACCAUCUUUCCUGACGCUUCAAUUCCAAAUCUUUCCACUGUGGCCAAUCUGGGAUUGAUCCUCUACUUGUUCCUCAUUGGGCUGGAAACCGAUGUACGAUUCUUAAUUAGCAACUGGCGAAUUGCGACGUCUGUUGCGGUCGCAGGACUGGCUCUUCCUUUUGGCGUUGGCUGUGCAUUGGCAUACGGCGUUUAUCAUGCAUUCCGCACUGAUGCGGGCUUGGUACCCAUCAAGUUUGAAGUCUAUAUGCUCUUUAUUGGUAUUGCCGUUGCAAUCACCGCUUUUCCAGUUCUGUGUCGUAUCCUGACCGAACUCAAGCUUCUGGACACAAACGUCGGUGUCAUCACCCUCUCAGCGGGUGUAGCGAAUGACGUUGUUGGAUGGAUUCUUCUCGCUCUUUGCGUUGCCCUGGUUAAUGCUGGUUCGGGCUUGAACUCUCUCUGGAUCCUGCUCACUGCUCUUGGAUACAUGCUGUUCCUGGUAUUUCUCAUAAAGCCAGCUCUCAUGUGGCUUUUGCGACGCAAUGGGAGCAUCGAACAUGGACCAUCUCAGAGUGUAAUCUCCCUUAUUCUUCUGAUUGCUCUCAUCUCAGCCUUCUUCACUGGCAUCAUCGGCAUCCACCCUAUUUUCGGCGGUUUCAUGGCUGGUCUCAUUAUUCCUCGCCAAGAACGAUUCAAUAUUCGUGUUACCGAAAAACUCGAAGAUCUCAUCGGCGCAUUGUUCUUGCCACUCUACUUUACUCUUUCUGGCCUGAAUACCAAUCUGGGUCUGCUUGACUCCGGUGCCGCCUGGGGAUACGUAUUUGCCACCACCUUUGCCGCGUUCUUCUCCAAAAUCAUCGGUGCGUCUGUGGCCGCCCGUUUCAGUGGCCUGGUUUGGAGGGAGUCCUUCUCCAUUGGUGUUCUCAUGAGUUGCAAGGGUCUCGUGGAACUGAUUGUACUUAAUAUCGGUCUACAAGCCAAUAUCUUGAGUACCAGAACCUUCACCAUUUUCGUGGUCAUGGCCCUUCUCACCACCUUUGCCACUACGCCCAUCGUCAGCGUCUUAUACCCACCAUGGUAUCAAGUCAAGAUUGCUGCAUGGAGACGAGGCGAGAUCGACUGGGACACUGGCGCGCCAAUCACUUCCCCGACAACCAGCUCCGAUGGUGCCAAGGAUGAGACCCCGUCUAUUGAAAGAGUCAACCGUUUGCUUGUCUAUCUUCGCCUCGACAACAUGCCGUCUCUCCUACGCCUACUUGCCAUGUUUGGCAACACUUCAACGGAGAUCACUCCUGCGGCUUCCGACACUGGAAAUGAUGAGAUCCAAGAUGUUUCCACCUCCGCCACGUCCACACCUAAAGAAAAGCCGGUCUGGGCCCACGGUAUCCGACUCCUCCAGCUCACCGAUCGUGACUCUUCCGUCAUGACAGUCGCACAAGUUGACGACUACAGCCGCCACGAUCCUGUUGUUAACACCUUCCGGACCGUUGGACAGCUGCAUAACCUCUCAGCAUCCGGUGAAGUCGCCAUCAUGCCCGAAACCCGCUUCGCAGAAGCCCUCGUCGCCAAGUCCUCCAAGAUGGCAUCAGAUCUUCUUCUCGUCCCCUGGACCGAAACCGGCGACAUGGUCGACUCACAGAUUCUAUCUUCCACUACCGUCAACGACAAGAUUGGCUCCUCAUACGGUUCCUUUGUCAAGUCCGUCUUUGAAUCGCACGACCGCAACGUCGCCGUCUUCUUCUCCCGCAGUGAUCCCGCUGCCGAAGGAAAGGCCAAGAGCAACGAGCGCGGCAAACUCAUGCGCGCUUACUCAUUUGGUACAUUGAAGGAUGACAUUCAGGUUGCCCCCGUAUCCAACAAGCCCUACCACAUCUUCCUCGUCUACUUUGGCGACCAAGACGACAAGCUUGCUCUCCAUCUCGUGCUGCAGUUAUGUGAAAAGUCCAAAGCCACAGCGACUAUUCUUCACGCACGAUCCUCUGCAAGCACAUCCUCCUCCGCUGCCGACUCUGCCCUCGAACACGCAGCCUCCCAGCUCAGCGCAUCUGUUGCAUCUCGCGUCAAAUUCGACACAGCAACCGGCGCAUCUACCGUCGAGGAACUCCUCCAAUACGCCACCACAGAAACCCAAUCAGAGCAAUCUGGCCCCAAGAUCGGUCCCCAGCUCGUCGUCAUGGGUCGUAGAGUGGCCGCCCAAAUGGACGAGGGUAAACUGACGGAUAGACCCAGAGAAGACCUGCGAACAUGUCUGGGUAAACUUGCUGGAGCCUUUGUUGCAGGCGGCGUCAAGGCCGAUUUGCUGGUUGUGCAAGCCAAGACUGUUGCUGAGGCUUGA